AUGGUUGGCCGCUCCUUUAGAUUGAUCAAGGAGAGGCUGACCAAAAUCGCCAAGCAUGACCGCUGCCGAGCAGCAAUGGCAGCCAUGGAGACGAUGGGCGUCGACCCAAUUUUGAACCGAGCCCUGAAUGAGUUCACCAGCGCCAUGCUAACCCUCACCGCUGGCCACAUCCGCCUGGGUGCCAUUGUCGAGGAGGUCAAGACCUCGGACCAACGACAUGAGGAGGAACUCAAAGCUGUCGAGGCUCGAUACGCUGAUCAGCUGGCGGCGGUGACUGCAAAAAAGGCCAAACUAGAAAAGGAGUUGGAGGAGAAGCAAAAAUCUUUGGAGAAAGCCCGCGAGUCGAGGGACCAAUAUAAGGAGUCCAACCGCUCUAAUUAUAAGCUGACUAAGCAGCUGGAGCUGGACUUGAUCGCGAGCAGGCUUGAAACCAAGGACAUGGAGGCCCGAGCCAAGUCUUUGGAGGGGCUUAAUGAACCUCUUAAGGAUUAUGUAUAUCGAUUCAUGCAGGAAGCUGCAAGGACAAAGAGACUGAACGCGAGAAGCAAGGAAUUGGACUCCUGGGUUGAAAACGACUUCCUCUGUAAGAAUUUUAUUGUUAGUGGUUUAUCUGACGACCUCUAUGAUCAUUAUAAUUCAGAUAAAUUUGCAAGUGAAAUUUGGGAGGCGUUGCAAAAGAAAUAUGAUACAUUGGAGGCAAGAACCAAAAAAUAUGCUGUCAGGCGCUACCUGAAAUAUCAAAUUGUGGACGAUAAAUCUGUGGAAGCCCAAUCUCACGAACUUCAGAAAAUACCGCAUGAGAUUAUCUCAGAAGGUAUGACACUUGAUGAACAGUUUCAAGUUGCUGUUUUAAUUGACAAAUUACCUCCUUCGUGGAAGGAUUUCAAAAGUGUACUCAGGCAUUAG